CAGCCGGAGCGGCGGGGACGGGCCUGGCGCCGGCGGCGGCGGAGGGGGCGCCGCGGGCGGGCGAUGUGAGCGAGGCGCUCUCCGCAGGUGAGAUUACGCUUCAUGUCAGUAGAAAUGGACAGCAGCAGUUUUAUUCAGUUUGAUGUGCCCGAGUACAGCAGCACCGUUCUGAGCCAGCUAAACGAACUCCGCCUGCAAGGGAAACUAUGUGACAUCAUUGUCCACAUUCAGGGUCAGCCGUUCCGAGCCCACAAAGCAGUCCUUGCGGCCAGCUCCCCCUAUUUCCGGGACCAUUCAGCAUUAAGUACCAUGAGUGGCUUGUCAAUAUCAGUGAUUAAAAAUCCCAAUGUGUUUGAACAGUUGCUUUCAUUUUGUUACACUGGAAGAAUGUCCUUGCAGCUGAAGGAUGUUGUCAGUUUUCUGACUGCAGCUAGCUUUCUUCAGAUGCAGUGUGUCAUUGACAAGUGCACGCAGAUCCUAGAGAGCAUCCAUUCAAAAAUCAGUGUUGGAGAUGUGGACUCUGUGACCGUCGGUGCGGAAGAGACUCCAGAGAGUCGUAAUGGAGUUAAAGACAGCAGCUACUUUGCCAACCCGGUGGAGAUCUCCCCUCCAUACUGCUCUCAGGUACGGCAGCCUACCACAAGCAGUGAUCUUCGGAUGGAGACGACACCCAGCAAAGCUUUGCGCAGCCGUUUACAGGAGGAAGGGCACUCGGACCGAGGGAGCAGUGGGAGCGUCUCUGAGUACGAGAUUCAGAUCGAGGGGGACCAUGAGCAAGGGGACCUGCUGGGGAGGGAGAGCCAGAUCACUGAGGUGAAAGUGAAGAUGGAAAAGUCUGACCGUCCCAGCUGUUCCGACAGCUCCUCCCUGGGAGACGAUGGGUACCACACCGAGAUGGUUGAUGGGGAACAAGUUGUGGCCGUGAAUGUGGGCUCCUAUGGUUCUGUGCUCCAGCACGCCUACUCUUACUCCCAGGCAGCUUCACAGCCAGCCGGUGUAUCUGAAGCUUUUGGAAGUGUGAGUAAUUCCAGCCCAUCCAGAUCCAUGCUGAGCUGUUUUCGAGGAGGUCGUGCCCGCCAGAAGCGGGCUCUGUCUGUCCAUCUGCACAGUGAUCUGCAGGGCUUGGUGCAGGGUUCUGACAGUGAAGCUAUGAUGAAUAACCCCGGGUUUGAGAGCAGCCCCCGGGAGAGGAGUGCAAGAGGUCACUGGUACCCAUACAAUGAGAGGUUGAUCUGUAUUUACUGUGGAAAGUCCUUCAACCAGAAGGGAAGCCUUGACAGGCACAUGCGACUCCAUAUGGGAAUCACCCCCUUUGUGUGCAAGUUCUGCGGGAAGAAGUACACGCGGAAGGACCAGCUGGAGUACCACAUCCGAGGCCAUACCGACGAUAAACCAUUCCGCUGUGAGAUCUGCGGGAAGUGCUUUCCAUUCCAAGGUACCCUCAACCAGCACCUGCGGAAAAACCACCCUGGCAUAGCUGAGGUCAGGAGUCGCAUCGAGUCCCCUGAGAGAACAGAUGUGUAUGUGGAACAGAAACUAGAAAACGAUGCGUCGGCCUCAGAGAUGGCCCUAGAUUCCCGGAUGGAAAUUCACACGGUGUCUGAUGCUCCUGAUUAAGAUGGUAAAGAAGUGCACCCACACAAAGCACAUUAAUCAAUGCCUAUUUGUGAUUUGCUUUGUUGUAAUCUUUGGUUUUCCCAACCAUCUGGAAAUCUCUUGGUCUCUUGGCAGUUUUUCUAAGGUUUCUGGAAGGAACACUUCAUUGUGUUUAUCCUCUCCCCCACCCUCCCUCCCUCAAGGAGCUCAAAGCAUGAAGGGCAGCGUAUCCAGGGAAAACACAGGCUGACAGUAUUCCUCUUUGGCUGAACUCUUCAUCCAAAAUCUGCCAGUGAUUUAGCUAUGCCAACUGGUUGACCCUGCAUUCUCUGCCAAGAGGCAUACUCUCUCAUUGUGUGCACUGGCACCAGUGCAUUUCCGUGGAGGGAGGCUGGGAUGCCGUCAGCUGAUACAAAUGGGUAACCUUUUCUAAUUUAAAAUUACUUUUAGGGGGUAGUUAGACAAUUUUUAUAUAUAUAUAUAUAAUAAAGCAAUUAUUAUAUAUAUAGUAUAUAUACAUUCUCAAAUUUGAUUUUAUUCUGGUUGAGGUGAAUGUAAGAGGAAUAUAUAAUUUAAUACAAUGUGAACAGGGAUUUUGACUCUGUCUCGCCCCUACCUAAUAUGUUAGGGUUUUGCCCCUUUAUUUCCCUUAUAAAAGAAUGUUAAUAGGUUUUCAAAUAUAUUAAUCAUUGUGUCCAAAAGCAAGCAAAGCAAAUCACAGUGUUCAUAGCUCUGCUUCACAACAAAUACAUAAACCAAAUGCCAUAAAAUGUAUUCAACUCUAGUUGGAAACCAUUUGGAAUUUUUGUUAGUUGUCCAGUAGGUAAGCUGGAUGACCCGUGGUGCUGACCUUUUUACAUACAGUAGUGUUAUAUUAGUCAACCCCAAAGGAGCAGUGGUUUUCAAUGUUUUUACUGGCCUAUGAAUCUACCUUCAUUCCGUACUGUAGAAACAUACAUACCAGGUAACUAAAUCGAAUCACUCUCUACCGUGAGUUAGUACUCGCACUAAAGGAAAGGGAUUUGUAGUUCUGUCUACAAAAUUCUCCAAGCAGUGUUGUGGUUUUUUUUCUUCUUUCUCUUUUCAAACAGCCAGUUCAGGUGCACAGCAACUUUUUCUACAUGCAGUUCCCAGGGAAACUGCAGAACUUGGAAUUUGUACUUUUUGUAAAGAUAUACUCUAUGGGAAUUGCAAGCAAUAUAUCUAUCUUAGUAUUGUGUGAGCUGAUGAGAGCCUCCGUGGCUCCCCCGCUCUCUCAGUGUUUCCUGCUUGAAGAAACCAACAGUUAAAAAGCCCUCUAAGAUACUCUGUGUGUCACCAAAUCUCUGCGUGUCACCAUUUUUUGGUCAUGUGGUGCUAUUUUUAUGUUAUGUACCUUUUAGGUCAGUAUAGUUGUAGAAAAUGUGAAAUCUAAUGGUAAAAGUGAAUUAUAAUUUUUUUCCUCUCUUGAGUUUAUAGCUUGAAAAAAGACCUCAAAAGCAUGUGCUGGCAAACACAUUACUGUAUAAAAACAUACCCGAGUCCUAUUUGGAUAAUGUUUUAUUAGUACUUGAGGAAGUGUCUUCAGUUUUAUAUUUUGUUCACCCGUGUGCUUCUAGUAUACAAAACGGGCUUUAUGAGAUUGCCCUGGUACUGUAUACUCCGACAGAGAGUAAUGUUGUAAGCAGUUUGGUGGUGAGUUUGUGCUGCAGGCUGUCGGUAAGAUGUCAGCACUCCAGGCUCUCUGCUUGAGAACCUUGGCCCUGAAACUCCCAACUAGUGUGUCUCCACGGGAGAAGAGCACAAACCACCUAAGAGAAAAACAAAAGCGAAAUUCAGACCAACCUCAGAGGCUAGGAGUUAAAGGAAUACAAAAGUAGAUGUUUGCUGGUUUUCCAUGCUUUUUUGGCUCUUAAAAUACCAAGAAUGGAGUUGGGGUGGGGGGUGUUUGGGGAUUUUUUUUUGUUUGUUUGUUUUUUUUGGGGAAAAAAAUCAUUCAGGCCCUUGUGUGUGAUCGCCCCCGGGGGUGGUAGCUGUGCAGUAGCAUCUCUUCAGCACAGGGGAUCUGUUCACGCGUGAGCCGCUGCUCUCCACAUCAGUGUUACUACGUACAGACACACGCGAGUCCUGCCGCUCUAAGGAGCGACUUCUGCUAACCGGGUAUAUAGUAUGCCUUUUCCUGUCAGACUGCCUAAGUCAGGGGUCUCUUCUCUCCCUGAAGCACUUGCUCAACUCCUGUCAAAGCCGUGUGCCUCAAGGGGAGGCUGGACCCCAAGUGUUUACCCACUUAAAUAUGUUCUGGGGUUUCAGGUAAAUGUUUGUGAUUUCUUUUCCUUACAUGAAUAAGUUUGGUUUUGAUUUUUUUUUUUCCUUCAAAGAAUUAAAUGCAAAAAAUUUGUGUUGUGAUACAAAUUAAGUUUGUGACAAGAAACGCCCAAAUCGAGGACAUGAGAGGUCAGGCUCAGGGAAGGAGCCUCUUUUCACUCAGGCUUGGGGCCUUCUGAGAGGUCUCCAGAGCAUCCUGUGAUAAACGAGACAAGUGAGGAGGGGCGGCACUUGGGGCAAGCGCCUUGAAUGUCCUGGUUCUUGUCACCGUGUCCGUCUUAACCUUAUUUACAUGGAGUUCUUUGUAUUUGUAAAUUUGUUUAACUGGUUUGAGUUUACCAAAGAGUGACUUAUCCAAAAUUGUCUUUGACAAAAAUAUACAUUGCUUUGAUUGUACAGUUCAGGUUCAGACAUUGUAAUGGGACUGUUAAGGGGCAGAAAAUUGAUUGCGUUUCUCUCUAAUAAUCAUGAUUCCACAUUUUGCAAGUUCCACUUGCUCCCAUUCAUGUUGCUAACACUUUACCCUUUCCACUGCUAGCAGUGUUAAGAAUGAAUUCUCAAGCCAUAACCCAGUACUGUAAGGUCCCAGAGGGCUUCGAGGGAGGCCGCGCGCGGGCCAGCACAGAGCUGCGUGGCCUCUCUGAGCGCGCGCACUGCCGUGCUUCUCAGUGUGCAGGGCGAGUGAAAGAUUAACUCCGUUCACAUCGGGCAGCAGCAAUUAAUUGUGCCUUGUCACAUGAGGAUGUGCCAGGAGGAUUAACGUGACCACAGAACAGAAACGUUCUCUCCCCGAAGUUCACUUCACGUCUCUGCAGACGAAGUCCGCUGCGUAACUCCUUAGAGCGACUCUUUUUGGAAAGCAAAGUCCCUAUUUCUGUACAGUUUUAGGUUAGAUGUUUCAUUUAUAACAAAUGCAAAAAUCAAUUACGAUAAAAGUGAUAUGUGAAGAAAUCUUUUACAGUAAAAUAUAUCCUGAAUUCAUAUAGGUUUGUUCAUAAUUGAGUCUCUUCUUGAGCUACCUUUUCAAAUACGUAGACAAUGUGAAGACAGUGACAGCGUCCUUUUCUAUAGGUGUUUAACCUGUUAUUACAAACUGUGAAAACAAAGAAUUUUAUACUUUUACUAAUGUGUGUGGUUUUAAACAGUUAUUUUCAUUCUAAUCAGUUCUCUACCCUCUAAUUUCUACUAAAGCUGUAAAUACAUUUAGAAAUUAUAUUUGUAAAUACAGUAUAUGAAGUCAAGUUAAUUUUGGGGUCAGUGGAAAGCCUCCCAAUUGGCUCUGCCUUGGCAGUUUUGUUUUUUGUUUUUUGUUUUUUGUUUUUUGUUUGUUUUUUUUUUUUAAACAGCAGAAAGGAUACUGUCGGUUCACUGUUAAGCAGAAUAUACUGUAGAACUAAAUUGAUAACUUCUAAAUCUUCCAGAGCAUGAGUAGAUGUCUUUUCUAAUGAUAGCAGUUAUAACAAGUCUUUGUUUUUCCCUUAGCCCAGACCAUAGGCCUGCAUAUUUUUGUGUGUGGUUUUGUUUUUACUUUUGUUUUUACAGCCUAGACUCUAGGAAGAAUUUGCAGGAACACAAAACAAGGGCUGGGGGGGGCAUCAUCUACGUGAAUGAGCUUUACUUUAAAGAAAUCAAUGUAUUUUAUUUUAACAAUGUUUUCCAUUAGUGACUGUGAUUUUUUUGUUGUCGUCGUCGUUGUUAUUGUUAAAUUCUGUAAUGGUUUCCUGUGAAGCCUCCACUGAAAGGGACUCAAAUAUGCAACACCUAAACUAUUUUCCAAGGGCACAUGCCCCUUGAAUGGUGCUUCUAGACUGGUCAGGGUUAUUUAUUAAAUUUUAUAUAUGAAAGUAUUGGGGAAUUAUGUAAAUUCUUUAUAUGAAACUAUCUAGUUCAUAAAUCAUAGGUUUCAUAUUACUCAGUGCAACUGAACUGAAAGUUCAGAAGAGUCAUUCACAUUGUUCGAAAUUUGUAAUGGUUGUCACUCAUCACAUAUGUCUCUUCAGUAAGUGCCAGAGUGUUUCCACUGUUUCUGCCCAGUGCUUGACUUCUCGGCCCACAAGAGAACCUUUUCUCUCUGGUUCCCCUUGGGUCUGGCACAGACAGGGCUGGUGUAGUUCUCUAUCAAGUCCUGGAGUAAGCCUUGCAGCAGAUUCAGUAAACAGACCUCUUGCUGCCCCUCAGUGACAAGUAUGCUGUGAAUUCAACCUUUGGACUUGCUGCCCAAGCCUUUGGUUGCUGCCCUGAGUAUAGUAAGAGGUAAACUUACCUGGUUUCUUCGAGAAUGACCAUUUUCCUAAUGUGAAAACCAUCUCUCUCACCACUUUUAUUAGUAGGGCUAACAUUUUUUUCCGUUAUAAAUGGUUGAGCAAUUUGAAUGACUUAAUGCAGUGUCAUUAUCUUGCAAUAUAAACUGGUAACCUCACAACUCCACACUUCAUCACCAUAUGAAGUAAAUGAAGCUAGCUAAGCGGAUGCUGUAUCAACUAGUAACUUGCCAUUAAGGAUUAUUUUAUAGCAUGAAUUUAAGACUAUUUAUUCAAAUGAUAUUUUACUCUUGUAUUCAUUUUGUUUUAGAUUUGUGACAUGAAUACUUCAGUGCUGCUUAAUUUUGUUCUGAAUUCUUGUUUCUUGCUUGUAAAUGGCUUUUUUAUGGUAUAAAGUCAAUGGAAAUUGCUGUUUGUAAAUAAAAAUGCUGCUAGAGCAGA